AUGGAAGGCGUCGAAGAGCGGCUCUUGCGGGCGCUGAACGAAGGGGGGGAGAUUAAAGACUCCGGCGAAUGGGCCGCGAGCGCCGGCGUGGAUCACGGCGCGCUAGUCGGAACCAUCAAGAGCCUUCUCGCAUACGAGAUGAUCGUGGCCGAGGAGAUCGAGCACCAAUCAUGGACGCUCACAGACGAGGCGAAGGGGUAUCUCGACACGGGCUCGCCCGAAGCGCAGGUGUUCAACGCCGUGCCAGAUGGCGGCAUCCCAUUGGACGCGCUGAAGAAAUCCCUCGGCGCGGUGGCGGAUAUCGGCAUGAAGCAGGCCAUGGCGAAUAAGUGGCUCGCUAUAAGCAAGGGCGAGGGGGGUCCCUCGGUUCAGCGGAAGGUGACUUCUAUCGAGGAUAAAGUGCAGCGGCUGCUGACGAGCCUGAGCAAAGGAGAGACCCUCCCCACGCCCGACCUGGACUAUCUACACAAGAAGCGCAAGCUAGUGUCGCCCAGCGUGUGGCGCACGUACGCACUGGGCAAGGGGGCCAAGUUCGCCCUGGAGAAGAAGAAGGCCGCCACGGACCUCACCAGAGAGAUGAUUCAGAGCGGCGCAUGGAAGACAGAGGAGUUCAAGCCGUACAACUUCAAUGCCUUGGGACUGCCCACAGAGGGAGGUCACCUGCACCCACUGCUGAAAGUGCGCGCCCAGUUCCGCAAGAUCUUUCUCGAGAUGGGCUUCCAAGAGAUGCCGACCAACAACUUUGUGGAGAGCAGCUUCUGGAAUUUUGACGCGCUCUUCCAGCCACAGCAGCACCCCGCCAGGGACUCACAUGAUACCUUCUUCCUCACUGCCCCUGCUGCCACCAAGCAGCUUCCAGAAGACUACCUCCAACGUGUGAAAACCAUGCACGAAACGGGGGGUCAUGGCUCAACCGGUUAUGGAUACGACUGGAAGCGGGCUGAAGCGGAGAAGAACCUGCUGCGCACACACACGACCGCUGUUUCCUCCCGCAUGCUGUACCAGCUGGCGCAGGAGGGCUUUCAGCCGCGCAAGUACUUCUCAAUUGAUAGGGUGUUCCGGAAUGAGGCGGUGGAUCGGACGCACCUGGCAGAGUUCCACCAGAUUGAAGGUGUGAUCUGCGACCGAGGCACCACUCUCGGGGACCUCAUAGGCGUGCUCAACCAGUUUUUUGCCAGACUCGGCAUCACUCGCAUUCGUUUCAAGCCGGCAUACAACCCCUACACUGAACCCAGCAUGGAAAUCUUCAGCUAUCACGAGCAGUUGAAGAAGUGGGUAGAGGUGGGCAACAGCAGCAUGUCUCUUAUCGCCUCUUCCCUUUUUCCAUAUCUUUCAACUGCAUGUGCUCCUCCCUCCACCACUCCCCACCACCGCAGUUAUCACGAGCAGCUGAAGAAGUGGGUGGAGGUGGGCUACAGCGGCAUGUUCCGCCCCGACUCUUACCCUUUUCCUUACCACGAGCAGCUGAAGAAGUGGGUGGAGCUAUCACGAGCAGGUGAAGAAGUGGGUGGAGGUGAGCAACAGCGGCAUGUGUCUUAUUGCCUCUUCCAUUCUCCGUAUCUUUCAGCUGCAUACCCUUCCCCCUUUUCGCCCCCCCACCACCACCGCAGCUACCACGAGCAGCUGAAGAAGUGGGUGGAGGUGGGCUACAGCGGCAUGUUCCGCCAAAGGGAUGCUUCUUCUCGUCUUUCACAGCUGAACAUUCAUGCGUUUACUGUUCCUGCGACCCCCCCCCACCACCGCAGUUUCCACGAGCAGCUGAAGAAGCGGGUGGAGGUGGGCUACAGCGGCAUGUUCUGGCCUGAGAUGCUCCAGCCAAUGGGACUGCCCCCUGACGUCUCCCCACUUCCUCUUUCCGCUUCCCGCUCUCCCUUCCCCCUCUCUCCCCACCACCGCAGCUAUCACGAGCAGCUGAAGAAGUGGGUGGAGGUGGGCAACAGUGGCAUGUUCCGCCCUGAAAUGCUGCAGCCAAUGGGUCUCCCCCCUGACGUCUCUGUCAUUGCCUGGGGGCUGUCCCUUGAACGGUGA